GUCUCGACGUAACCUGGGCUCUUCUGGCGCCAAAAUGUCGCUUGUAGCAGGGGUUAUCCGGCGCCUGGAUGAGACAGUGGUGAACCGCAUUGCAGCAGGGGAAGUUAUCCAGCGUCCGGCUAAUGCCAUCAAGGAGAUGAUUGAGAACUGUUUGGAUGCAAAAUCCACAAGUAUUCAAGUGGUUAUUAAAGAGGGAGGCCUGAAGCUGAUUCAGAUCCAAGACAAUGGCACUGGGAUCAGGAAAGAAGAUCUGGAUAUUGUGUGUGAGAGGUUCACUACAAGUAAACUGCAGUCUUUUGAGGAUUUAGCUAAGAUUUCUACCUAUGGCUUUCGGGGUGAGGCUUUGGCCAGCAUAAGCCACGUGGCUCAUGUUACUAUUACAACUAAAACAGCUGAUGGAAAGUGUGCAUACAGAGCAAAUUACUCAGAUGGAAAGCUGAAAGCUCCUCCUAAACCAUGUGCAGGCAAUCAAGGGACGCAGAUCACGGUGGAGGACCUUUUUUACAACAUAUCCACGAGGAGGAAAGCUUUAAAAAAUCCAAGUGAAGAGUAUGGGAAAAUUUUGGAAGUUGUUGGCAGGUAUUCAAUACACAAUUCAGGCAUUAGUUUCUCAGUUAAAAAACAGGGUGAGACAGUAGCUGACGUUAGAACACUGCCCAAUGCCACAACCGUGGACAAUAUUCGCUCCAUCUUUGGAAAUGCCGUUAGCCGAGAAUUGAUAGAAGUUGGGUGUGAGGAUAAAACACUAGGCUUCAAAAUGAAUGGCUACAUAUCCAAUGCGAACUACUCAGUGAAGAAGUGCAUCUUCUUACUCUUCAUCAACCAUCGUCUGGUAGAAUCGACUUCCUUGAGAAAAGCCAUAGAAACGGUGUAUGCAGCAUAUUUGCCCAAAAAUACACACCCGUUCCUGUACCUCAGUUUAGAAAUCAGCCCCCAGAAUGUGGAUGUCAAUGUGCACCCCACAAAGCACGAAGUUCACUUCCUGCAUGAGGACAGCAUCCUGGAGCGGGUGCAGCAGCACAUUGAGAGCAAGCUCCUGGGCUCCAACUCCUCCAGGAUGUACUUCACCCAGACUUUACUACCAGGUCUUCCUGGCCCCUCUGGGGAUUCGGUUAAAUCCACAGGGGGUGUGAUCCCCUCAUCCUCUUCUGGAAGUGGCGACAAGAUUUAUGCCCACCAAAUGGUCCGCACAGAUUCUCGGGAACAGAAGCUCGAUGCCUUCUUGCAGCCUGUGAGCAGGGUUCCGUCCAGUCAGCCUCAGGCCGUUGUCCCAGAGGACAGGACAGAUGCUUCUAGUGGUGGGGCCAGGCAGGAAGAUGAGGAAAUGCUUGAACUCCCAGACCCGGCGGAAGUGGCUGCCGUGAAUCAAGGAUCGAAGGGGGAUGCAACAAAGGAGACUUCAGAGACGUCAGAGAAGAGGGGGCCCCCUUCCAGCCCGGGCAACCCCAGAAAAAGACAUCGAGAAGGCUCUGAUGUGGAAAUGGUGGAAGGUGAUUCCAGAAAGGACAUGACAGCAGCUUGUACUCCCCGGAGAAGGAUCAUUAACCUCACCAGUGUUCUGAGUCUCCAAGAAGAAAUUAAUGAACGGGGACAUGAGACUCUCCGGGAGAUGCUGCAUAACCAUUCCUUUGUGGGUUGUGUGAAUCCUCAGUGGGCCUUGGCACAGCAUCAGACCAAGUUAUACCUUCUCAACACCACCAAACUUAGUGAAGAACUGUUCUACCAGAUACUCAUUUAUGAUUUUGCCAAUUUUGGUGUUCUGAGGUUAUCGGAGCCAGCACCACUCUUUGACCUCGCCAUGCUCGCCUUAGAUAGUCCCGAAAGUGGCUGGACAGAGGAAGAUGGCCCCAAAGAAGGACUUGCCGAGUACAUUGUUGAAUUUCUGAAAAAGAAGGCUGAGAUGCUUGCAGACUAUUUCUCUUUGGAAAUUGAUGAGGAAGGGAACCUGAUUGGAUUACCCCUUCUGAUCGACAACUAUGUGCCCCCUUUGGAGGGUCUGCCUAUCUUCAUUCUUCGACUAGCCACUGAGGUGAACUGGGAUGAAGAAAAGGAAUGUUUUGAAAGCCUUAGUAAAGAAUGUGCUAUGUUCUACUCCAUCCGGAAGCAGUAUAUAUCUGAGGAGUCAACCCUCUCAGGCCAGCAGAGUGAAGUGCCUGGUGCCACUCGAAACCCCUGGAAGUGGACUGUGGAACACAUUGUCUAUAAAGCUUUCCGCUCACACCUUCUGCCUCCUAAACAUUUCACAGAAGAUGGAAACAUCCUGCAGCUUGCCAACCUGCCCGAUCUAUACAGAGUCUUUGAGAGGUGUUAAAGACGGCCGUUUAUGGACUCUGGGGUGUGCUGUUCUUCCUUUGUAUCCUCAUGCUGGUAGAUCUGAAGGCUGAAGACUCAUGUGUGCCUGCUAACUAGUAGCACUCUUUCAUGCAUGGUGGGUUGAUUAUAAAUAAAUUGUCAGGAUGUGUCCUAA